UCCGGUCUGACGUCACAACGCCAUAGCCCCAAUACGGUGCUGGUUUGCGUUUCUUCUGUCCACCUGGAAGCAAUGUCGUGGCUGAAAGCGACGUCAAACGGGACCGACGACGUUUUUGAGGAGAUCGCGGACGAACUUGACAUUUCAGCCAAAGAAUGGGCACUCAACAUGAAGAGAAGAAUUCGCGACGGUUAUGUGGACGGCGCUGACGCCGGCGAGGACGCGGCGCUGGAAGUGGGCUUUAAGGAGGGCUUCCAAGAGGGAGCGGCCAAGACUCUGGCCGUUGGACGACUUCGAGGGAUUGUAUGCGCAAUUGGGAGCUGGUACCAGGUGGAGCAUCGCGGCCUGCCCUUCCCUGCCUCAGUCACGGAUCUCCUCCAGCGCGUUUCGAAGCACGAGGAUUCCAUCGUAGCGGAAAUCAUGACGGCCAUGGAGAAGCGGUUCCCUCCCAGCGCGAACGACGUCGCCGAGAGCCUGGAGGACCUCGAGAUAGCACCGUUGAAGAACUGCCCAGAAAGCGACUGUUGCAUGGACACAGAUUGUCCUCCACAUGGUCACACGUUACAUUCAGUGGGCAGCGACAGUGACACUCGGUCAUCGUCUUGCGCCCAUGGAACAAUUUUCAGCCAGCUGGUGCAGAGCUGCAGGGACAUUGUGGCAGAGCUCGGGCUGCCUCCUGGGUUGUUGGAGCACAUCAAUGAGCUUGAAGAUAUUGAACUGACAUCUUCUUCAUACUGACAAUGAAAUAUUGGGACAUGGAGACAGUUGUCCUCUUUGGGGCUCUUUCCACCACCACAAUGGCUUUGAAAGGCAACCAUGACGAGCUGCACACUUUGGACUUGAAUUUGAGAAGAUUGAUUGACAUCCAAAAAAGGUGAGAUCCACUGUAGGUAGGACAACAGAUUGUGUACGGGUGGUGUCACAUGGAGACCGAAAUAAUAACAAUCAUUUUAAAAACAAAUGCAAUGAAUUCACUUAAGAUUUCAUCAGUUGUUUUAAAGUAAAAAUAAUUUUAUUUUUUUACUAAUUAGAAUAUAAUUAAGAUGUUUUUUUACUGUUUAAACGAAUGAAAUCUUCAUUAAGCACAUGGGGAAAUCCUUUUCGGAUCUCCAAUUCCACAUAAUUUAUGUAUUUAAAAUGAUUUGGAUGGUUUUGUCAGAUUUAUUAUGACCUACUUUCUCAAAAUCGUUGUUUGUGUAAUACAUGUAGUUAAAAAUGCAAGUCAAAUUCACUUGCGUUUCUUUAAAUGUUCUUGAAUGUGUUGAAAUGAAUAAACUGUUAUUCAUUGCACUGAAGAAAAUACUUUUUAGAAGGCCAAUUCUUUACUUAAUUUCUGUAUUAAAGAUAUUUUUUUCUUGGAUAAAA